GUGUUUGUUGGCAACUUGCCGAUGGAUGUACGGGAGCGAGAGGUUGAGGAUCUCUUCUUCAAGUACGGACGCAUACGGAGCGUGGACCUGAAGAUUGGGCCUCGUCCUCCGGCGUUUGCCUUUGUCGAGUUUGAGGAUCAACGGGAUGCAUACGACGCCGUUCGCGGUCGCGAUGGAAUCGAGUUUCAGGGUCAGCGAUUGCGGGUCGAGAUUUCGCAUGGUCGUCGUGGAGGCUUUGGGGGCGGUGGGGGUGGGGGUGGUGGCGGUGGCUACGGCGGCGGCGGUGGCGGUGGCUACGGCGGCGGCGGUCCCAACCCAUACGGUCCUAGCCGGCGCACGGACUAUCGAGUCAUCGUGACUGGACUGCCCAUCAGCAGCUCCUGGCAGGACCUUAAGGAUCACAUGCGCCGCGCAGGCGAGGUGACGUUCUCGCAGGUCAUGCGGGACGGCCGUGGCAUGUUGGGCCUAAUCGACUACGCCACGCGGGAAGACAUGGAAACGGCGCUACGUAAGCUGGACGGUAGUGAGUUCCGCAACCCAUACGAUACCCGGCGACGUAGCAGUCGCAGCAAGAGCCGGAGCAAGAGCCGCAGCAGGUCGCGUAGCAAGAGUAAGAGCCGCAGCAGGUCGCGCUCCCGCAGCCGCAGCAAAAGUCGUUCGCGCAGCCGGGACAAGAGCCGCAGUAGGUCGCGGUCGCCUGCCCGCAGCAAGAGCCGUUCGCGCAGCCGAAGCAGG